CGCUGGGGCCCGCCUCCGCAAUCAUGAACAAAGAAGCACCGCUCUCCAUCUCUGAGCGCGACUUCAUCCUCAAUGCCCUGCGCGAGGAUGUACGGCUGGACGGUCGAGCAGCCGACCAGCUGCGUCCGUUGAAUGUGACGUUCGGGGAAGAGUAUGGACAUGUGAAGGUGCAGCUCGGCCGGACCAGUCUUAUUGUCCGAAUCUCAGCGGAAGUUACGAAACCACACGAUGACCGUCCGUUUGACGGUCUUUUCACAAUCGCCAUGGAGCUAACUGCCAUGGGCUCUCCCGCUUGGGACAAUGGCCGGCAAGGGGAUCUCGAAACAUACGUCACCAACGUUCUGGACCGUGUCGUUCGCCAUUCCAACGCCCUGGAUACCGAGUCCCUCUGUAUCGUGAAGGGUGUCAGUUGCUGGAGCAUCCGUGCGGACGUUCACAUUACAGACUACGACGGCAACCUGAUUGAUGCGGCCUGCAUCGGUAUCAUGGCGGGUCUGCAGCACUUCCGCCGUCAAGACGCCGUGGUCAAGGACGGCCAGGUUAUUGUCUACGGGCUGGAUGAACGGGUUCCUGUUGCGUUGAACAUCACGCACAAGCCACUCUCCAUCACGUUCCACACUUUCGACGAAGGGAAGAAGGUUAUCCUUGACGCAACUCGGAAAGAGGAACAAGCAUCUGAAGCGGAUGUGGUGAUCGGCCUAAAUAACGCGGGUGAUGUCUGCUUCAUGUCGAAGUUCUCUGGAUCGGGCGUGGAUGCUAUGGUCUUUGUGGAUAAGACCUCUGUGGCGCUGGAGAAGGUGAAGGAGAUUAAUGCGAUUAUUGACAAGGCCUUGCAAGCUGACCUCUCGAAACGUGCCAAAACCGGCAUGCUGGAGGAGUCGCGAGCGGAAAAUGAUCGGCAACCGGAGCUGGAAGUAUAGCCAAUAUCGUUUAAUGAGCCAAGACAAUGAAUUAGACCUUGUGUAUGAUAGUAUCACAGGCGAACCUGGGAGAUCGAUGAAUCGGCCCAAGUAAUCAAUCCUGUACCGUAGGUCAGCUCCCGAUUUCGUACAGUCCGUCGAUUGCGGGGGGUGUCCGUCGAACGCG